GGUGGUUUUCAGGUCAUUUCAGGUCAUUAAAGUAAGAUUCUUGGUUUUCUUGCAACAUUAGACGAAAGCCUUAAUACUGGGAAUAAAUGUAUCUUUCAAUCAUUUUAAUAAUAAUAAAACUUCCUUUUCUACAUACAAUACACCUUAUACAUGUAACUGUUUUUCAAUGUAUAAAAGAAAAUUAUUUCAAAACAAGAUUUCCUAAAGAUAGUAUUGGUUGUGCAUUUAAUUCUCUUCACAAAUAUCCAACAUUAGGUUGUAAUAAGUUUGUAAGACCAUAUUUUUAAAUUAUCAUUAAAAGUAAUAGAAAACGACUCUAACCUAUAUUGUUGGUUGCUUGGUAAUUUUAAUUCUAUUAAAAUUGUCAGGGUUCUUUUUGUAUUUUGGAGGCCAUGAACCCUAUAGAGAAAGAUAUCUCUGUUACAUUUAAUACCGAUAAAGUCAGAAGUGGGAAGCGCAAAGCAGAAACCACUGCGGAUAACAGAAGAGAUGAGCAUAUCGACUCCCUUUUUCAUCCAGCUGUUGAGGGAAAAAAUGCAUCCCAAAUUGUUUCCACUGUUAACAAGGCUAAGAAGUCAUUGAGGAAACAGACAAAUACUUCGUCUGUACUCGAUCUUGCAAAACCCACUGCGGAUAACAUAAGUGAUGAGCAUAUCGAUUCCUUUUGUCAUCCAGCUGUUGAGGGGAAAAAUGCACCCCAAAUUGUUCCCACUGUUAAAAAGACUAAGAAGUCAUUGAGGAAACAGACAAAUACUUCGCCUGUACUAGAUCUUGAUAUGGAUGUUAAUAACUCCAGCCUUGAGCAAAAACAUACGUCUUGUAGUCCAAAGGCUGCCAACAAUCUACAAAACAGCUCUAAAAAUCCUACCACUGCUAAGAAAGCUAAGAAACCACUGAAAAAGCAAACGAAGACGACUUUGCCGUUGAACAAUGAAGGGGAUGCUUGUGAUGAGCUUAAACAGAAACAAAACGGGCAGUCACCUUGUUCCAAAGCUGUUAACAGAGUUAGACAGGUUGAUUCGACUGUUGGUCAAAAAGAUUUAACGACUAGAAAAAGGAGGGCAGUAGGGUCACCGCGUGCCUCUGAUCAAGCAAAACCCACUGCGGAUAACAUAAGUGAUGAGCAUAUCGAUUCCCUUUGUCAUCUAGCUGUUGAGGGAAAAAAUGCACCCCAAAUUGUUCCCACUGUUAAAAAGGCUAAGAAGUCAUUGAGGAAACAGACAAAUACUUCGCCUGUACUCGAUCUUGAUUUGGAUGUUAAUAACUCCAGCCGUGAGCCAAAACAUACGUCUUGUAGUCCAAAGGCUGACAAAAACCUACAGAACAUCUCUAAAAUUUCUACCACUGUUGAAAAAGCUAAAAAAGUAUUGAAAAAGGAUAUGGAGACGACUUUGCCUUUAGGCGAUGAAGAUGACAAAACAGCUUUUAAUGGAUUAUCAACGACAAAACAAGGCAAAGAAAAAGUCGUAAAUAGAAACACAGUACAGGAAAAAAAUGCUGGAUAUCCUAAUGAAUCACAACAAUUAAUUGAUGAAACAAAAGAGGAUGAGUAUGUGUAUAGGGUUCUGCGUGAUGAUGAAUCAUAUACUGAUGGACUUUAUCCAAAAGAUAUAUAUUCGCAAGUGAGUUUAAUCGAUCACGUUGAGAAUGGUAGCAGAAAAGGACAUGAAUCAAAGUUCAUCUCAUGCUGCAAAACGAAAAAUGGGGUCAAACGAAUGGCAGGCUAUAUCAAUUCGACAAAACCUGUUGUUCGUAUCAAUGUUACAAAGCUAGAUUCUAAAAAUGUAACAGUGAUAGACCUUACCAAAUGGAGAAUUCGACAACAGAAUUUAAAAGCUUCACAACGGGCCUGUAGGUAUGCCAAAAUGUAUGAGGAAGUCAUUCUACAACCUGUUAAUCACAUUCCAGCUGAAUAUGUUGAAAGAAUAGGAAACGUUGAGGACAACAAAUUCAUGGAAUUUUACUAUAAUUAUGUUGGGUGUUUUAAAUUACCUUGUUACAGAGAGUACAAGUAAUCAGUGUCAUGGUCAUUAAUAGCCUAAACAAUAGUUUGCAUCGCUUAUUUUUUGGCGUAGCAUAGUAUACUAUAGCUAAUUUUUACUCGAAUUUUUUUGUCUUUUUAUUACAUAAUUAAAUUCAAAAAGACAAUGAACUACUGGAAAGAAACAUCAAAUGUGUCUCCUUAUACUAUGAUAACUUUUUAAAAAAAUAUUCAACUGGUUGUAUUACAAGCUUGAAAUUGCAUCAUGUUCCAAUAACGAAAACCUUACUACUCAGGAUGAGGUUGUUUUAUAUGUAUCAUUAAUCAUGCCAAAAAGUUUCGGCAAACAUAUUUCAACCCGUCGUUUACAUUCUAGCUAAAUGAGUUAAAAAAUAGAAAUGAUAAUGAACAAACAAUUCAUGGAUUGUUAUUCGUAUUGGCUUUUCAACCAUUUACAAAGUUAAAGAGGUUACAAUUAAUUAGUGUCAUUGUCAUUAAUAGCCAAAAAAUAAUUUUGAUGGCUUGCAUAUUUUUAUUGUGUAGUAUUUUGCACAGCAUAGUAUACAGGUACUUUAGCUUUUUUGAACUUUUAACAUUUUGUUUUAUUACGUUUCAUAUUCAAAGAAUCAACGAGGUAUAGGAAAACUCAGUGUGUUUCCAUUUGAGUUAAUGUUUUAUCUAAUCAGAUGUUACAACAGUCAAUCACUGAAGAUCACGUCAAAACAUGGCUGAGGCAAUAUAAUUCCCGAAUUUGUAUUUGAUUUCGGGGCGUGUCCGCCCGGGUCAGGAGCUGGUUUUUAUGAGAUGAGUGCAAGGUUAUUUGAAUUUCUGAUGCGUGUUGUUUUAGGAUGGGUUAAAAGGCCCGAGCUUGAUUUUCAAGCACAUGUGUAACUUCGAUCGGCGUAAAUAAAGUCGUGCCUUGCUUAAUGCAUGUGUAUUUUCCCUAGUAGGUUGUAAAUAGAGUGUUGUUUAAAAACAUGUCAAGAGGAUUUCCCCCGGAAGUUUGUUUUGAAUAUCUAAUAUGUAUCUAAGGUUGCGCAAUUUUUGUUAGAAUAUAUAGCAAAAAUUAAUACUGUAGUGACACCUGCAAAUAAUACUGUAAUUUACCUUAAAACUACGCUUUUUUUAUUUGUCAUUUUAAGAUGAAUAUUUACAUUUCAAUUUCUCGCCUUCUUUACAAUAUAUUUCAUCUAUAGCAUUUGUUAUGCCUUUUUUGCUGAAGAAGGACUUUUUUACUGUGUAAAGAAAUAUUUAGUACAUACAAAUAACAGAUGAUGAUGAAAACUACAAAUUGCAAUGCUGCAGAUGUUUGUGCAGUGUAACAAAAGAGUCAUUGUCAUACAUGUACCAAUAAAAAAACCAAACAACCAACAUUUGCUUUGCUUUCAUUAUUAUACCUCGGAUG